GUACUGAUGGCUGCGCUGUACCGGGGCCCGCACACCGCCUCUCCCCGCGCCCACCUGGCGCUCAAGGACGUCCGGGAGGUUCAGGAGGAAACCACGCUGGAUGAGAAGCUCUUCUUGUUGGCCUGUGAGAAGGGUGAUUACUACAUGGUGAAGAAGCUUCUGGAGGAAAAACGGCACGGCGAGCUGAAUAUCAACUGCGUGGACGUGUUGGGGAGGGACGCCAUCACCAUCGCCAUCGAGAACGAGAACCUGGAAAUCCUGCAGCUGCUCCUGGAAAACGGCUGCCAGACGACAGAUGCUCUUUUGGUGGCCAUCGACUCGGAAGUGGUGGGAGCUGUCGAUAUUCUUCUCAACCACCGGCCCAGACGAUCCUCCAAACCCUCGAUUGCGAAACUGAUGCAGCGGAUCCAGAACCCGGAAUAUUCCACCACCAUGGACGUGGCCCCCGUCAUCCUGGCUGCUCACAGGAACAACUACGAGAUCCUGACCAUGCUUCUGAAGCAGGACAUCUCACUUCCCAGACCUCACGCCGUGGGCUGCGAGUGCACUCUCUGCAACGCCAAGAACAAGAAGGACAGCCUGCGUCACUCCAGGUUUCGGCUGGACAUCUAUCGCUGCCUGGCGAGUCCGUCGCUCAUCAUGCUGACGGAGGAGGACCCUAUUCUCAGAGCGUUCGAGCUCAGCGCUGACCUCAAGGAGCUCAGCCUGGUCGAGGUGGAGUUCAGGACUGAUUAUGAAGAACUAGCCAAGCAGUGCAAGAUGUUCGCUAAAGACCUGUUAGCCCAGGCGCGAAACUCACGUGAGCUUGAAGUCAUCCUGAACCACACGAGCAACGAGGAUCACGUGAAUAAGAGAGGACUAAUGGAGGAGCGCAUGAACCUCAGCCGACUCAAACUCGCCAUCAGAUACAACCAGAAAGAGUUCGUGGCGCAGUCUAACUGUCAGCAGUUCCUGAACACGGUGUGGUUCGGUGACAUGGCGAGCUACCGGCGUAAACACACGGGUCUGAAGCUGCUGAUGGUGCUGAGCGUGGUUCUGCUGUGGCCGCUGCUCUCGGUGUGCUACCUGCUCGGACCGCGCUCGCGCGUCGGACACAUCAUCCACACGCCCUUCGUGAAGUUCAUCAUCCACAGCGCCUCUUACCUCACCUUCCUCCUCCUGCUCAACCUCUACUCGCUGGUCUACAACAAGGACACCAAGGACACCGUGGGCCCGGCGCUGGAGUUGAUCGACUACCUGCUCAUCCUCUGGAUCAUAGGAAUGGUGUGGUCAGAUGUAAAGCGUCUGUGGUACGAGGGCCUGGAGGACUUCCUGGAGGAGUCGAGGAACCAUCUGAGUUUUGUCAUGAACUCUCUGUACCUGGCCACCUUUGCGCUUAAAGUUGUGGCUCACAGCAAGUUUAAGAACGGGAAUGUUGACCGGAAAGACUGGGACGCCUCUCACCCCAUCCUGGUGGCCGAGGGACUUUUCGCCUUCGCUAACGUGCUGAGCUACCUGCGUCUCUUCUUCAUGUACACCACCAGCUCCAUCCUCGGCCCUCUACAGAUCUCGAUGGGUCAGAUGCUGCAGGAGUUUGGAAAGUUCUUAGGCCUGUUCCUGCUGGUGCUCUUCUCCUUCACCAUCGGCCUGACGCAGCUUUACGGAAAAGACCAGAAGGAUCCGUCCAAGAGCAAAAACGACAGCAAGGACUGCGAAGGAAUCUUCUGUGAACAGCAGAGCAAUGACGCCUUUCACACGUUUAUGGGGACGUGUUAUGCACUCUUCUGGUACAUCUUCUCUCUUGCCCACGUGGCGCUGUUCGUGACCAGGAUCAGCUACACGGAGGAACUGCGCUCGUUCGUGGGCGCCCUCAUCAUCGGCACGUACAACAUCGUCGUCGUGAUCGUUCUCACCAAGCUUCUAGUGGCCAUGCUGCAUAAGAGCUUCAGACAGAUCGCUAACCAUGAGGAUAAAGAAUGGAAAUUUGCCCGGGCCAAGCUCUGGCUCAGCUACUUUGAUGAUAAAUGCACAUUGCCUCCACCGUUUAACAUCCUUCCAUCUCCGAAGACGUUGUGCUACUUAGUGACCAGCGUGAGCAAGUGGGUCUGUUCCCAUACAUCCACUGGAAAGAUGAAGAGACAGAACAGCCUCAAGGAGUGGAAGAACCUGAAGCAGAAACGGGACGAGAACUACCAGAAGAUCAUGUGCUGCCUGGUGCAUCGUUACCUGACGUCCACACGGCAGAAGAUGCAGAGCACGGACCAGGCCACGGUGGAGAACCUCAACGACCUGCGGCAGGACCUGUCCAAGUUCCGCAACGAGAUGAGAGACCUGCUCGGCUUUCGCACAUCCAAAUACGCCAUGUUCUACCCUAGAAGCUAAAGCCGUGACCCAAAAUUGCCAUCUAGCAUGCCUGAAAACGUUUUAUUCUACACACAAAGCCUCCAGAUUCAGAACUUCUCUAAGAUUCUUGAUCAUCACACGUCUUUUCUAAAAAGUGUCUGUUCUUUGGACAAAAGUAUCUAAUAAAGAUUUUUUUUUUUUUUUAUUUUAAUGCUGCAUUUUACUUUGAUUUUUUUUUUUUGGAAAACUGUCAUCUUUGUUAAGCCCUGUGUUCCAGGGAUUAGACAGAAAAUUCCGGAUCUUUCCAGACAGCAGGUUGAUGUUCCUCCUGCUGUGAUAUGACACACAUUCAGGCUUUGAGACAUAGGUGAAAUAUUAGAAAUCCCAAUGAGAGAGCAGAGUAUAUAGUCCAACUAACGCUACGACAACCAAACGGUUUUAUUUCCAAACCCUCAGGAACAUCCCGGAGUUCAUUUUAUGUUUUAUAAAAUACUGCCAGUACUGCUAAAACUGAAUCUGUAGACGUCAUGCUGAAGUUAAAAAUAAUAAUAAUAAAUUUUUAACUUUUUUUUAGUAUAAGAUACUGCAUUACUACUCCGAUCAAAGUCUAUAAAAUCAACAAAGGUAACAAAUUACCAGGAACUGUUACUCAAAGUUAAGGUAAUCUCUGAGAAUAAUUAAAGAUUUUACGCACAAGAUUUCCUCAAGGGAUUUAAACUCACCAUUAAACCAUUACUGGGCAAACUACAGUCCCUUCCAAAACUAUUAGAACAGCAAGACCAAUUCGGUUGUUUUUGCUAUAGACUGAAGUCAUCUGGGUUUGAGAUCAAAAGUUUAGAAUUUCAGCUUUUAUUUCCUGCUAUUUAUAUGUACGUGUUAAACAACAUAAAUCAUAACACAUUUUGUAUCAGACAACCCUAUUCGUAGGCGUGCAAAAAUAUUGGAAUAUAUAACUGUGAAGAAAAAUCCAAAAACAACAGUCAGUGACAUCACCAACAACCUCCAGAGGGCAGGGGUGAAGGUAUCGCAAUCCACCGUUCGAGGAACACUUCGAGAGUAGAAAUAUAGAGGCCGUACCACGAGAUGCAAACCACUCAUCAUCAGUAAGUAUCAGAAAGCCAGAUUGGAAUUCACAAAGAAAUACAGAGAUGAUCCAUAAAAGGUCUGGAACCAAGAUGAACCUCUACCAAAGUGAUGGAAAGGAAAGGAUCUGCUCACAAGCCAAAACGUACAAGCUGAUCUGUGAAACAUGGUGGAGGUAGUGUCACGGCUUGGGGUUGCAUGGCUGCUUCUGGAACAUUCUCACUAAUCUUUACUGACAAUGGAACUCAUGAUGGUAGCAGCAGAAUGUAUUCAGAAGUUUACAGGAGCAUCUUGUCCGAUAAUUUACAGAGAAAUGCAUCCGAAUUAAUCGAGGAGGAACUUCAUCAUGCAGCAAGACAACGAUCCAAAACACACUGCCAUCUCAACAAAGGGGGGAAAAGUGGAAGGUUUGAGACUGACCAAGUCGAUCACCAGACCUUAACCCGACUGAGCAACAUUUCACCUCCUGAAGAGGAGACUGAAGGGAGAAAGCCCCCGAAACAACCAACAACCUAACCAGGCCCUCAUUUACUCCACGCCUGACCCUUCCUCGCGAGACAAGAAUCUUCACCAUCUGAAUUAUCAGUGCUCGUCUUUUUUCAUUCUUUCCUUUACUGGAGGGGGUGGACUUGGAUCUAAACACACACUAUCCGCUUGCGCAUCUCACUGCUGACAUCAUGGUGCUACUUGACAUUCUUCGCAGCACUCCCCCUGGAAAUGAAAAUGCGGGAUUCCCCCCCUCUCAGAUACAGAAUCUGCACCGUGAAUAUGUGAAUUGACGCCUCUACACAGACAGACCCUCUGCCUGACCCUCCCUCCAGCUCCCAGUCCGAGGACAACACCGCCUUCUCUGAUCUGGGCUCUGACCAUUUUUCCCUCUUCUCACCUGUCAGUCCGCCGUACUCUCAGUAUUCUCCUUAUUUCACCCCUGCUGGCUAUCCCAUGUCCCCAGAACACACCCCAUUUUCUUCCCCCUACCGCUCUCCUCAGGAUUAUACACCCACCAGUCCUGUGAAUUUUCAAUAAAAUUAUAUAUUACUCAUACUAGAUCUCCCUCGUGCUUAUUCCAUGUCAUUUUAUCCACGACAGUUCCUAUACUUUUGCUCACCUCCAAAUUGGGAGGUCUGAUACAAAAGGUUUUAUG